UGGAGUUCCCGAGGUGAAGGUGAAGGUGAAGCUGAGGUUGAGGGUGAGGUGUGUAAUAUCAGUGUGGGAAUCAUGGAUCAUUUGGGUGCAGGACCAGGUCAGGUGUGCGGUGGAAUGGGUCACGUGAAGCAUGCAAACACAGAGGUGCAGAAAAUCUGUGAUGAGGUAAAGCCACAGGUGGAAGCAAAAGCUGGAAAGAAUUUUGGUGUUUUCAAAGCGAUAGCCUUCAGCACUCAGACUGUAGCAGGAACAAACUACUUCAUUAAGGUGCAUGUGGGUGAAAAGGAGUAUCUGCACCUCCGAGUGUUCAGGUCUCUCCCCUGUGCUGGAUAUAAAAUCUCACUGCAAGAAAUACAGAAGUCCAAAACCAGCGCGGACCCCAUCGAGUACUUCUGAGACACACACACACACACACACACACACACACACACACACACACACACACACACACACA